CUCCUACGCUGCCUGUUCGCGCGAGAGUUUGGAGGGGCGGGUUUGGGGUCGGUCUCUAGUGUGGGACUCGUACCGUAGCGCAUCGGAGACCUGCUUAGGCGUCCACUUAAACGGCUCGAGGAGCUGGCUCAGGCAGUCGCCGGGGCACCCCCUGUCUGGAAAGCGCAGGAGCGCUCUGGAGAAGCCUGGACAGCCCCGCUUCCCCGCAGCCAGGUGCUAGGGUCGGGAGCUAAAGUGAGAGUCCGGCUGUCUUCCAGCGCCUGGGCCACGGCGGCGGCCCUGGGAGCAGAGGUGGAGCAACCCCAUUGCGCUAAAGAUGAAGGGCUGGGGUUUGCUGGCCCUGCUCCUGGGGGCCCUGCUGGGAGCUGUCUGGGCCCGGAGGAGCCAGGAUCUACACUGUGGAGCUUGCAGGGCUCUGGUGGAUGAACUAGAGUGGGAAAUUGCCCAGGUGGAUCCCAAGAAGACCAUUCAGAUGGGCUCUUUCCGAAUCAAUCCAGAUGGCAGCCAGUCAGUGGUGGAGGUGCCUUAUGCUCGCUCAGAGGCCCACCUCACAGAGCUGCUAGAGGAGGUAUGCGACCGGAUGAAGGAGUAUGGGGAACAGAUUGACCCUUCCACCCACCGCAAGAACUACGUACGUGUAGUGGGCCGGAAUGGAGAAUCCAAUGAACUGGACCAACAGGGGAUCCGAAUUGAUUCAGACAUCAGUGGCACCCUCAAGUUCGCGUGUGAGAGCAUUGUGGAGGAAUAUGAGGAUGAACUCAUUGAAUUCUUUUCCCGAGAGGCUGACAAUGUUAAAGACAAACUUUGUAGUAAGCGAACAGAUCUAUGUGACCAUGCCCUGCACAUAUCGCAUGAUGAGCUAUGAACCACUGGAGCGGCCCAGACUGACAAGCUUGAUGGAUCACCCCCAGGAGGGGAGAGGGUGGCAAUGCCUUUUAUAUUAUGUUUUUACUGAAAUGAACUGAAAAAAUACGAAACCAAAGUA